AUGAGGAUGCUUUGUUCCCUGGAUUUUUCCACAGGAUUCCUUUGGAGCACCUUGAGGAUGAGCAUCAGGACCCCACCCACACUUCUGCAGCUGGCAGCAGAGAGCCUGCUGAGGGACCAGGCCUCGGCCAUCGCAGCUCUGGAGUACCUGCCUGCUGAGCUCUUCCCGCAGCUGUUCACCCUGGCCUUCCACAGUAGACAGCACCAGGUCCUGAAGGCGAUGACACAAACCUGGCCCUUUACUGUCCUCCCUCUGGGGAGCCUGAAACAGCCACUUCCAGUCCAGGUCUUAAAAGCCGUGUUGGAUGGGCUUGACCUUCUGCUUGCCCAGGAAGUUCGCCCCAGGAGGUGCAAACUGCGGGUGCUGGAUCUAAGGGACAGGGAUUCUGACUUCUGGAGAAUGUGGUGUGGAGACAGCACCCAAAAGCGCUCACCAACAGGACCAGUGGCUGUGCACAGGUCCAGCCCCAACAUGGAGCACCCCUUAGCUCCUGUGGAGGUGUUCCUAGACCUUAACUUCAAUGAAGGGGACAGGGAAGAGUUUCUCAUGUACGUCAUCCAAUGGGCCCAGCAGAGGGAAGGGCUGGUACACCUGUGCUGCAAGACGCUGUGGAUUGCUACAGUGCCCUUCCACAGGGUGAGGAAGGUCCUGGAUGUGGUGCAGCUGGAUUGCAUCCAGGAGUUAGUACUGAACUGCACCUGUGACUUGACCACCCUGGAGAUGUUUGCUUUUUAUAUGGGGCAGAUGAAGAACCUGCAGAGACUCUUUCUCUCCCACAUCCAUGUGUUGGUUGAAGAGGAGCAGGAUUGGGGAGAGGAAGGCGAGCAGGAUUGGGAGGAGGAAGAGGAGCAGGAGAGGGAGGAGCAAGAGUUGCAGAUAUCCUUUUCCCAGUUCUUCUCUCAGAUGCUCAGCCCACUGCACCUCUGUGAGCUGGACCUGGAUUCCCCCUCCUUCCUCCAAGGCCAUCUGGACCAGUUGCUCGGGUGCCUGCAGACCCCCUUGGAAAAACUCACCAUAACAAAUUGCCAGAGCCUGACCCAUUCAGACCUGACACACCUGUUCCAGUGCCCGAACCUCAGGCAGCUGAAGUCCCUGCGUCUGUAUUGUGCCAGUCUUGCUGAUUUUAGUCCUGAGCCUCUCCGAGCUCUGCUGGAGGCAGUGGCACCCACCCUCCAGGUCCUGGGCCUUGAUAACUGUGCCAUGGUGGACUCUCAAGUCGAGGCCAUCCUGCCUGUCCUGAGCUGCUGUCACCAGCUCAGUUUCUUCACCAUCUCUCAGAACCGCCUGUCCUUGGCCACCGUGGGGAAGCUGCUGCGUCACACAGCUGGGCUGCGCAGCUUAGAGCUGGAGCUGUACCCCGUCCCCCAGGAGUGUUACACGACCCAGGGCACUGUCAAGCAAGAGAGGCUUGCCCUGGUCCGGGCUGAGCUGACGGGAAUACUGAGGGAGUUAGGAAAGACCAGGAUGAUCCUACUUGCCGCCAAGCACAGAGGCCACAGGGAGGUUUAUGCUGUGCCCCUGUAA